AUGUGGUCCUCUUCGUUGGACCCCUCCUCUUCAUCCUCAUCAGAUGAUACAAAGACUGGGCGAGGGUGCGGUCCGGGCGGACAGAAGGAGCCAGGCUGGCCACCUCCGGAUGCUGGGGCGACCCGAUACCGGAACGGCCCCCUUUUGAGGCGAGGCCGGGCACGGGACACGAGGUCCCGGCCGCUGGCCGACUUGGCCGGGCAGCCCGCCGACCCCUGCGGGAGGGCAGGCUUCGAACCCAGGACCUGGCCUUCUCGCCCGGACACCCCGGCGGACACAGUGCGCUGCGGAUACCCGGAUCAGCUUGGCAGUGGACACUGCCCGAUUCCCCGGUUGGGCCAUUACAGCAUGGUCAACAGGGGCGGCGGGCGGAGAGAUAGCACCCCCACCAGCACUGCUUCCCUCCUUCUCGUCAAGCCUCAGCCGGCCACACAAACCACCCACGAACCACACACAGCCCGAGAUGAGCAAGACACGGCGCCCGAUGUCUACGAGACACCCGACCUGCCGACGAUCCACAUCACCGAGCGGGACGACGACUCGGACAGCGAGGUGCUGCCCCCAGGAGGCCAUGCCCAGCCGGCCAAGACACACACCCCCAACACCGACAUCAUCAAAGACACCCUCGACCAGUCCUCCGCCCGCAAGAAGUUUGGCGCCGCCUCCGGGCUCGACGGCCGCGAUGCAGAUUUCUCGACGUCUCUGCUGAGGAAACCGCCCCGCCGAGCGUCCGCCCGCGGGUACCCGCCCCCAGCGAGCCGGAGCCAGACGUUCGAGACCGACGAGUACACCAUCCUGCCCCGGGGAUACGCGGUCGACGGCCGGCCGGGGGAAGAGACGGCGCUGGAGCGCCUGCGAAGGCUGCGGUUCGAGGUGGCCGAGCUGGAGGAGGAGAUCGAGCAGGCCAGCCACGCGCAGGACGCCGCUCGACCGGACCAGCAGCCCGAUGCGGAGGACGACCCGGCGGGGGCCGCCAAGCGCAAGCCCACCCCCGCGCCCUCGCCCGCCGAGCUCCUCGCCGAGCUGCACCAUCUGCGCCAGCAGCUCGAGAAGCUCUCCGUCUCCGCCGGCCCGGCCGCCUCGGCGCUGUCCUCCGCCUCCCAGCUGCGCGCCCGGGAGGCGUACGCCAAGACGCUCCUCCAGCAGCUCGCCCAGCCACGCCAGCUGGCCUUGAAGUGGGCGCUGCCCCAGCGGACAACUGCUGCACAUCCGGACCCCCCAUAG